AGAAUGUCAAAUAUUAACCCCUCUUAAGGUCAUGGUACAGUAUAAAAGCUCCAAGUUCCAACAACCAGUCAAAACUGUACAAAAAGGUUCCGUAUACAGAUCACAGGAAUAUUUCAUAUACUUCAUCUCGGUGUUAGGUUAUCUGCGUUUCUGUUAUGUGGAGAUUACCGUUAUUUUACGUGUUGGCCAUCGCUGUCUUGACUAGCGUCCUCGUACCCGGAGAGCCGUCGCCAGUCUUGGCGCCGGAGCCAAUUCGCUGCGUGCCUUGCACCCAGGAGAAACUGAGCGGUUGUCCGCCCGUGCCCUCCAAUUGCCGCGAAGUGUUAAAGGAGCCAGGCUGCGGAUGCUGCCUCGCCUGUGCUCUGGAGCAGGGAGAGCCGUGUGGAAUCUAUACGGCUCACUGCGGCACCGGGCUGCGCUGCGUCCCCCGACCCGAGGACCCGCACCCGCUGCACUCGCUUACGCGCGGACGCGGCAUUUGUACCGCAGACGAGACCGAAGAGGAUGGAGACAUAGCAGCUGACCAGAGCUCCUUGCAAUACUUACUGGGACUCAAUAAACCCCUUGACCUGGAGGCGCACGAGAGUAUUAUGGCCAAAGUUAACGCGAUUCGAAAGAAACUGGUCAAACUGGGUCCGUGUCACACAGAACUUCACUCUGCUCUGGACACCAUUGCCGCCUCGCAGCAGGCUUUGGGCGAGAAGUUCACGACGUUCUACCUUCCCAACUGCGACAAGCAUGGUUUCUAUAAGGCCAAACAGUGCGAGACGUCUCUCGUGGGCCGACUCAUGCGCUGCUGGUGUGUGUCCUCCUGGAACGGAAAGAGAAUUAUAGGAUCCAGUGAUCUGACUGCAGAUGCCCUCUGUCAUCAGGAGGUCACUCACUGAAGAGUGCAUGCACGCACACACACACACACACACACACACACACACACACACAUACAUGCCUCAAGAGAAACAAGUUAUACUUAAUGUAUAGUUUGUUUUAAUGACGAAUGCUACUUAUUUAUUUAUUUUCUGUUUUA